AUGGCCACGGCGGGGAAGAAAGCCUCCGUAUCUACCAUGGACGAAGUCGAGAAAUGCCAAGAACGCAAACAACGACACCAUCCAGCCCAGCGCCUUUUCCGACCGAUCUACAACGCCUGGGUUGGUGACUACGCAAGCGUAUACAAACUACUGUUCACACUCGUGCUAUCAGCCAACAUCAUCGCUCUCGCCGUGGUCUUGAAUAACAUCAACGACGACUCAUCACCACUCCUGAGCUGCGCCAACGCCGCAGUGGCGAAUCUGACAGCUGCUGUCUUCAUUCGACAACCAUACACUCUGAACUUCUUGUACCACAUAACAUGGCGAGUUCCUCGAUCGACACCACUUUGGCUCAGACAUCAGCUUGCCAAGGUAUACGAGUUUGGCGGGAUCCACAGCGGCGCGGCUUGUUCGUCGAUCAUGUGGUUCUGCGUUUUCGCUGGGUACUUGGUUCGAGAUGCUGCUGUGGGAAAGAGGAGGAACGUCGCCGUGCUGACGCUGGUGUUCUUCCUGAUCCUCGUCCUAGUCUGUAUCGUCGUGACGGCAACGCCCCAAAUGCGUCGGAGACACCACAAUCUUUUCGAGCAGUGCCAUCGUUCUCUGGGAUGGCUUGCAAUCGGCGUGUUCUGGAUCGCGCUCAUCUUGUUCCUGCGCGAUCAAGUCGAGACUCUCAACACAUCCAUAGGCCUGCAACUGAUCAAACUCCCUAUCUUCUGGCUCCUCCUCUACCUCAGCAUCAGUGCGAUAUGGCCAUGGCUUCUCCUCCGCAAGGUCCAAAUCGUGAAGACAGAGCGCUUAUCAGACCACGCUAUCCGUUUGUACUUUGAUGCAAAGGAGAGGGUACCACCACAGCAUGGCGCAGCGAUUUCGAAAUCACCGCUACGAGAGUGGCAUGCUUUCGCAGCGAUUGAUGACUUCGAGGAUGCCGCAGGCGGAUCCUCGUCCGUCAUAAUUUCCAGGGCCGGCGACUGGACAGCAGACACGAUCGCGAAUCCCGCUCCCUACUACUACAUGAAAGGAAUUCACCAGACUGGAGUCGGAUCGACAGCGAAGAUGUUCAAGCGAGUGGUGUAUAUGUGCACGGGAAGCGGUGCUGGGCCUGUUCUGGCUGCUUUGUCGUUACUGAUAGAUGUUGACCUGCGUAUCAUAUGGUCGGCUCCGAAUCCCGAAGAGAUAUUUGGGGUUGAGAUGUGCAAGACGCUGAGACGCUGGGACCAGAAUGCUAUCAUCUGGAACACGAGAGAAAAGGGAAGACCGGACCUUGUAGAGCUUGCGACGGAAGUGUGCAGGGAGCAUCGGGCGGAAGCAUUGUACUUUAUCAGCAACAGAAAGUUGACGAAGCAGGUCGUAGGCGCUUCGAGGUUAAGAGGCAUUGCUGCUUUUGCGCCGAUAUUUGACUCGUGA